CCCCGCCUUGCCGGCCUGGAUCGCCCAGUCCCUCGCGACCUGGCCCAGCCGUAGGGGCCGUGGUCCCAGGUCCCGGCCGGCGCCAUGGAGCGGCGCUGGCCCCUGGGGCUCGCACUGCUGCUGCUGCUGCUCUGCGCCCCGCUGCCCCCGGGGGCGCGCGCCGAGGAAGUCACUUUAAUGGACACGAGCACAGCACAAGGAGAGUUGGGCUGGCUUCUGGAUCCCCCAGAGACUGGGUGGAGUGAGGUGCAACAAAUGCUGAACGGGACACCCCUGUACAUGUACCAAGACUGCCCAAUUCAGGAAGGUGGAGAUACUGACCACUGGCUUCGCUCCAACUGGAUCUACCGAGGAGAGGAAGCCUCACGUGUCCACGUAGAGCUGCAGUUCACUGUGCGGGACUGUAAAAGUUUCCCAGGGGGAGCUGGGCCUCUAGGAUGCAAAGAGACCUUCAACCUUUUCUACAUGGAGAGUGACCAGGAUGUGGGCAUUCAACUCCGACGGCCUUUGUUCCAAAAGGUAACAACUGUGGCAGCAGACCAGAGCUUCACCAUCAGAGACCUGGCCUCUGGCUCUGUAAAGCUGAACGUAGAGCGCUGCUCCUUGGGUCACCUCACCCGCCGUGGUCUCUACCUAGCUUUCCACAACCCGGGAUCCUGUGUGGCGCUCGUGUCUGUAAGGGUGUUCUACCAGCGCUGCGCAGAGACUGUGCAUGGCUUGGCCCACUUCCCUCACACUCUCCCUGGACCUGCAGGGUUGGUAGAAGUAGCUGGAACCUGCCUCUCCCAUGCACAGAUCAGCCUGGGGUCCUCAGGUACACCACGCAUGCAUUGCAGCCCUGAUGGCGAGUGGUUGGUGCCUGUGGGUCAGUGCCAGUGCGAGCCUGGCUAUGAGGAAAGCGGUGGAAAUGUGGGAUGCACUGCCUGUCCUACUGGUUUCUAUCGAAUGGACAUGAAUACUCUCCACUGUCUCAAGUGCCCCCAACAUAGCGUAGCAGAGUCUGAGGGGUCUACCAUCUGUACCUGUGAGAAUGGACAUUACCGAGCCCCUGGGGAGGGCCCCCAGGUAGCAUGCACGCGUCCCCCAUCAGCUCCCCAAAAUCUGAGCUUCUCUGCAUCAGGCACUCAGCUCUCCCUACGCUGGGAGCCCCCAAGAGAUACAGGGGGACGCCAAGAUAUCAGAUACAGUGUGGAGUGCUUGCAGUGUCAGGGCAUUGCACAGGAUGGGGGUCCCUGCCAACCCUGUGGAAAAGGUGUGCACUUUUCCCCGGCAGCUUCCGGGCUCACCGCAUCUACUGUGCAAGUUGAAGGCCUCGAGCCUUAUGCCAACUACACGUUUACCAUCAAAUCCCAGAACAGAGUGUCGGGACUGGACAGUUCCAGCCCUAGCAGCGCUUCUCUCAGUAUCAACAUGGGGCAAGCAGAGUCACUCUCUGGCCUGUCACUGAAGCUGGUGAAGAAAGAGCCGAGGCAGCUGGAGCUGACUUGGGCAGGGUCCCCUCCAAAACCUGGGGGGAAUCUGAGCUAUGAGCUGCACGUGCUGAACCAGGAUGAAGAAUGGCACCAAAUGGUGCUGGAACCCAGGGUCUUGCUGACAAAACUUCAGCCAGAUACCACAUACAUUGUCAGAGUACGAACACUGACCCCACUGGGGCCUGGCCCUUUCUCCCCUGACCAUGAGUUCCGGACAAGCCCACCAGUUUCCAGAAGCCUGACUGGAGGAGAGAUUGUGGCCAUCAUCUUUGGAUUGCUGCUUGGAAUAGCUCUGCUGAUCGGGAUUUAUGUCUUCCGUUCAAGGAGAGGCCAGCGACAGAGACAGCAGAGGCAGCGUGAACGCACCACCAAUGUCGAUCGAGAGGACAAGCUGUGGCUAAAACCCUAUGUGGACCUCCAGGCCUAUGAGGACCCUGCACAGGGAGCCUUAGACUUUGCCCAGGAACUGGACCCUGCCUGGCUGAUUGUGGACACUGUCAUAGGAGAAGGGGAGUUUGGGGAAGUGUAUCGGGGAGCCCUGAGAAUCCCCAGCCAAGACUGCAAGACUGUGGCCAUUAAGACCUUGAAAGACACAUCCCCAGAUGGCUACUGGUGGAAUUUCCUUCGAGAAGCAACUAUCAUGGGCCAGUUCAACCACCCACACAUUCUACGCCUAGAAGGUGUCAUCACGAAAAGAAAGCCGAUCAUGAUCAUCACAGAAUUUAUGGAAAACGGAGCCCUGGAUGCCUUUCUGAAGGUGAGGCUGGCAGAGGGUCAGUUCAGGAGGGGUCACACCUUGGAGUCUCAUGUCUCACAGACUUUUCAUCCUCUGAUAUAUACAUUCGCCCUACUACAGGAACGGGAGGACCAGCUCGUUCCUGGUCAGCUAGUGGCUAUGCUGCUGGGCAUAGCAUCAGGCAUGAACUACCUCAGUGGCCACAAUUAUGUCCAUAGAGACCUGGCUGCCAGGAACAUCUUGGUGAAUCAGAACUUGUGCUGCAAGGUAUCUGACUUUGGCCUGACCCGCCUCCUGGAUGACUUCGAUGGCACCUAUGAAACCCAGGGAGGAAAGAUCCCUAUCCGUUGGACAGCCCCAGAAGCUAUUGCCCAUCGGAUCUUCACCACAGCCAGUGAUGUGUGGAGCUUUGGGAUUGUAAUGUGGGAGGUGUUGAGUUUUGGCGACAAACCCUAUGGGGAGAUGAGCAAUCAAGAGGUAAUGAAAAGCAUUGAGGAUGGGUACCGGCUGCCCCCUCCUGUGGAUUGUCCUGCCCCCUUGUAUGAACUCAUGAAGAACUGCUGGGCUUAUGACCAUGCCCGUCGGCCCCACUUCCUCCAGCUGCAGGCACAUCUGGAACAGCUGCUCACGGACCCCCAUUCCCUAAGGACAAUUGCCAACUUUGACCCUAGGGUGACCCUCCGUCUGCCCAGCCUGAGCGGCUCUGAUGGGAUCCCUUAUCGAAGUGUCUCUGAGUGGCUUGAAUCCAUACGCAUGAAGCGCUACAUCCUGCACUUCCGCUCGGCAGGCCUGGACACCAUGGAGUGUGUGCUGGAGCUGACAGCCGAGGACCUGACGCAGAUGGGAAUCACAUUGCCAGGGCACCAGAAGCGCAUUCUCUGCAGUAUUCAAGGAUUUAAGGACUGAGCAUCCACUGAAAAGAU